GAACUUUUGGAUCGGAGAUAUGAAGACGCGCGCUGCAUUUUCCUUGGCGGAGAUGCACAGCUCUGACACUAGACAAUAUUAUACACUCGAAGGGAACGCGUUUCGCCGGAAGAAUAAAUAAUUACUUAUACCGGACACAUGCGUUUUCAAUAAUCUUUCAAUAUGCCUCUCGUUAUGCAACGUUUCACCGAUGAUCUUAGGUUUUUGUGUUUCGUCGAUCCGGUGACCGGUGAAAUGUGGACGAAGGGUAGUGAUGUGGCCGAUUUUCUCGGUUACAUUGAACCAGCUCAAGUAAUUGAUGAACUUAUUCAGAAUGAAAAUUGUAAACGACCAUUAAAUGACAUAGUAAAUUGUUCUACCUUCAGGGAGACUCCAUCAAACUGGCAAUCUAAUCAAAUCAUGAUCAACGAGGGUGGGAUUUACACCUUGAUAAUGUCGUCUUCGUCGCCAGAAGCGCAACGUUACAAGGAUUUUGUAUGUAACACGGUGUUACCGUAUAUCUGUAAAACGGGUAUGUAUGUAACAAGACAGCAAGAAACGACUGAAUCUAUGGAUGUCGACGACUGAAACGUAAAAUCUUUACAAUCCCACACUGUCUCAAAUAUGAAAACGCAAGAAAAGAAAACAAUUUGAGCACCUUAGGACCCAAAUCUGAAUCGAACAAAGAAGUAAUACGUUAAUUUAAAAAAAAAUCAAAAUUAUAUAAACUUAUAUAGAUGUAUAAUAAUUUUAAAAAAAUAUUGUAAUUAAAAAAAAAAUGUAAAUACACUUUUUGCUAAUAACCUUUAUUGUUGAAUCGAUAUUAUAUAUUAUUGAAUAAAAAAAAAAAAAAUAGAAACUGAAUUAUUCUUUGCCGAUCAAAAAUCACCGUCAUCGUCGUACAUUUUCAGUGUAUUUCGAUAUAUUUAAUUUAUUUUGUUAGCUUCGUCAACGUGCUGGUAACGACUAUAUAAUAAUUAAACACACGUUUUGUAAUUGACUAAGAACAUUUUUUUUUUGGCGUCGUCGACAAUAACAAUAUUUUAACACAACCGUCGGUGUGGAAUGAUUUUUUAAAUUUUACGACAAACGUCGUCGAAUUUAACGCUUAAAACAUUAACACCGGCUAGCAAUGAAGUAUAUUCAAAUAUAAACACUUUUCGCUAAUAACCUUUAUUGUUGAAUCGAUAUUAAAAUAUAUAUUCUGUACAAAAAAUAAAAAAAUGAAUUAUUCUUUGCAGAUCACGUUCAAAAAUCCCCAUCAUCGUCGUACAUUUUCAGUGUAUUUCGA